GAGAUGAAGGUCGAGGCGAGAUCGAUCGUUCCUGGGGUAUUGUGACGCUGAGCCUCGGACGGGAUCUAGUGUCUAGUUCCUGGUUGGAUCUCGAUGCUUGGAUUGCGGAUUGGUGGAUGGCGAAGAUUGGUAUCACGUCCCUGCGAAGCUCUAGUUCACCAUUCGUUCGUGAUGGUGGUUGGGUUACGGAAAGGGGAUGUGAUCGCCCAUGCUUGGAGUUUUUGGGGUCGGUGUGAGGUGCUUAUUGGAGGAUCGUGCAGAUUUGUUGUGUUGUUUGUCGGGGUGUUUUUUUUUGAGUUCCUUUGGGGCGAAGAGGGGUGGGGUUACGUGAGGGAGGUGUACUUAAGAGGCACGAUUGAAGGAUCAGGCUCGGAGGAGAUGCCUGCUUGAAGAUUCGGGUCAUGUUGAGUUGAGGUUGUGACCUUCUUUUCCCCGCAAUUUGGAAGUGCCGUUGAUAUUCUUUCUCUGAUAGUCAUUCUUUAUAUACGUUUGGUGUGGAAGGGUUUGGAUAUAUAAACUGUCGUUUUUGCUGUUAUUUGUUUG